AUGAAGCAAGGAUCCAAAGUUGCCCACGAAGACAUCAUUCCUGGACAAGGGGCCACCCCGAAUAGAAAGGGGUGGUCUUGGUUGUUUGGUAAGCGCGUUGUCUGGAUUGCACGAAUCCAUGCACAAGCACCAGAGAAACGAAAACAUUUCCAGGGCUUGAACUUGAUACAAGGAGAAACUCUGUUCCUCUAUCAAUUCGAUGGUCCACAAUCCGCCCACGAGAAGUUCUCAAUGAGCGGGAAAAGACGAGGAGUAGUAGUACCUAGUGGCGGUGCUACCGUUGCAAGGCAGCAGCAUGAAAACUGCCAGAUCCUUGAGAAGUUAAUCAUGAACUUGUGA